GGCCAGUUUCCGCUCUCCUGAGAGAAAACACUCCGCCUGCGAGUCAUCGACGACCGCAGGAAAGUUUAAAUAUAGCCUACAAAAAGAAUACAAACGGAUUUGUUCACUUUUGCGUUAUCGCUGAUUCUACGCUGGAAACCCGGAUAGAGGUCGGUCGCAGUAGUCAGGAGAUGGCUGAAAUGAGGAUGAGCUGAACUCGAGCUGGUACAGUUACGGUCCCUCCGCUGAAGGCUCGACGGCACCAUCUAAUUCCUUAUCUAAGUGAUCGUCACAGCUUCACCAUGGCUCGCGGCUGCCUCUGCUGUGUCAAAUACAUGCUGUUUCUCUUCAACCUGCUCUUCUGGUUGGGGGGCUGUGGUUUGUUGGGUGUGGGGGUGUGGUUGUCUGUGUCUCAGGGCAGCUUUGCCACCCUAUCACCAUCCUUCCCCUCCAUCUCUGCCGCCAACCUCAUCAACACCCUGGGUGCUGUCAUCAUGGUUACAGGCUUCCUGGGUUGCCUGGGUGCCAUCAAGGAGAACAAGUGUCUGUUGCUGAGUUUUUUCAUCACGUUGUUGGUUAUUCUGUUGGCGGAGCUGAUCCUUCUCAUCCUGUUCUUCGUAUACACAGACAAGGUGAGUGAGAACGCCAGACAGGACCUGAAAGAGGGACUUGCUCUGUACAGCACCGACAACAACGCUGGCCUCCGCAACGCCUGGAACACCAUACAGACAGAGUGGCAUUGUUGUGGGGUGAAUGGGUACAUAGACUGGCACACUGCCCUGCAGGAGAAGGUGGUUCCUGACCGAUGCUGCCAGGAUAUCUACCAGGACUGUGGGCGCAAUGCCACCAACCAGUUCUGGACACAGGGUUGCUAUGAGAAGGUGGAGGAGUGGCUGGAUGACAAUAAACACCUGCUGGGAACCAUCGCCAUGUGUGUUCUGGUCAUACAGCUCCUGGGUAUGGCCUUCUCCAUGACUUUGUACCAGCAGAUCCACCGAUCCGGGAAGAAGUAUGAAGCUUAGAACACACACAGGGUUUGAGACCUAUUAAUUUUAUACAAAAUUAUACUCUAAAAAGACACCAGGUACACACGCAUGCCAUAAAGCUUUUUAUUUAGUGUUUAUAUUUACACACCCUUGUAUCAUUUUGUGCACAAAGGCAAUAUUGUUUUUUAAUCAUCAUCUUUAUUAUCAUUAAUCAGUGUUCUUGGCUGGGAUUCAAGCUUGCAUUCAUUUGCCCCUCCCUGUGGCACACAACAAGCGUCCAUUCCCCGUCACAAGGGGAUUUAUGGCUGAUUUAAGAUGAAAACCUCAACCCUGUUACGGUCAACCCUGUCACUUUAAAGACACUAUUGGCACUUAUUAUUGUAUAUUUUUUUAUUUAACCGCUUAAUGUGACACCGCUUAUGUGAAAUUAAUUGUUUGUUUUGACCAAUUUACACUACCCAAAAUGUUAUCAUUUUGUGGAACCACCCAAAUGCAGCAUAUAGUGCAAUCGGAAAUACCCUUUAAAAGCUGUGUUGUCGACAACCCGCAGUCGGAUUGAAUCCCGGCCCUAGUUCAGUUAUGGGGGGACUAAGGGUGGGUGAGGAAGGGGGGUUGGAUUGUGUGGGAGUAGGGACACCCCUCGGUCAUCCAGAAUAGAAUGGCUUGAUCACAAAAGAGUAAAGGGAACAAGAGGUUCGAUUCCAUGCCUUAGAAAUCCUUAUACGGACUAAAGUUAUAUAUAUAUAUGGAUUUAUUCUUGUAAAACCAGUGUUACUGAGAUGUGUUCAAUAAAAGUUAAGCUUAUUCUGUCAAA